AUGUUUAUAGCUAGCUAUUUCGAUCGAAGGAACAGUUUGGGUGAAAAGAAGGAACAUGAAAUCGAAAAUCAGGAUUGUAAAAAGAGUAACAUAGAAAGGGUUUUAAAGAAUGCUUUAAAUUUGAGUAAGGAACAAAAUAUAGUGUCUUACAAAAGAAAUGAAAAGGAACGAAUUAAAGAUAUCUUAUCAGCGUUAUUAAAAAAAAAAUUAAAAAAGACCAAAAAAAGGAACAACAAUAUAGAUGAACCCCCAGAAUAUAACACAAAUGAUCACCACCAAGACAAUAAAUUGAAUUCAAAUAAUGGGGUAAAUAUGCAUGUGAAUUUUACAAGUGAUAACGAAAUAGAAGUCAUAUUAAGAGAAAAUAAGAAUCUAAAACAUUGUUCAGAGAAAAUAUUACAAUUAAGCACACACUUAAAACAUAAUGUAUUAAAAAAUAUGAACAUACAGGAUGUUUAUAAAAUUAUCGAUACGUACAUUUCUGAUAUUGAGUCCGAAAUUUCUAAAAUCAAUGAAACAUUGGAAUUAGAUGCAAAACAGGAAUUAAGAAUAUAUAAAGACCACUUAUCAAAGUUAUGCACCAUCAAAACAGAAUUAUCAAAAAAUAAAUUCAUCGAUAUAGAGACAGAAGGCAGUAGCUUAAAUGAAAUCGAACAUAUCAUAAAUGAAAUGAAAGUAAUACAAAAAUUGAUAAAGCAGAAGGAGUAUAUUAUAUGUUUAAAAAAUACACUAAGUAAACUUGAGUAUGCAAAAAAAUGUGCAGUCAGUAGAAAAUACGAUGAAACAUUGCAUAUCAUUUUAGACGUAAUAAAAAAUCUACACAUUUUUAAAAAAUAUGCAAAAGAGCAAAUUAUUAAGGGAAUUCAAUUUUUUCUUCCGAUAUUAACAGAAUAUUAUAUGAAUAGAAUUCAAUUCUUACUAACUAGUAUUUCUUGGGGUAACAAUAUAUCAAAUGUUUCAACAAGUGCAUUGGAGCAAUUAAUAAAUGAUGCAGAUAUUAGUGAUGAUGAAUACUCGUCUAACAAUGACCAGGAGGAACACUUUUUUUUCAAUACAGAAUAUUCUUUUUCGGAAGGAAAAUUCACCAAUGUAUGUACAGAUGCAGACAUAACAACUGAACAAGUUGGUAAUAGUGAUGGUAAUGGUGAUGGAAGUUGCGCCACUAGACAAGGACAAAAUGGAGAUAUCCCUAAUGUGGAUAAAGCCAAAUCUAUUAAAGAGAAAAUAAAAAAUGCUAUAAUUUUUGAUAAUACAUACAUCUCAUUAUUGAAAAAAGAAAGUUACGAAUUCAUUCACAUAUUAACAAGUUGGAAUUUGACGGAAAAAAUUCACAAUUACAUAAAUGAAAAAAAUUGCAGAUAUAAUUUUUCAUUACGUAGGAAUAAUUGUCCCAUAAAAUUUAUUGAUAAAAUGGCUAGCUACAUAAUAACCUUUUUUAGAUCCUUUUUUCAAAAUGAGAAAAGUCCUUUAUUCAGAUUUGAUAAACCUGAAUGGGGAUUAAAAUAUUUAUUUUACCAAUGCAUAAUUAGCAAUACUAUUUUGAAAAUGUUUCUAAAUUUUGUUCAAACUGAAGACAUAAAAGAUAGCAAAGUGAUGCAAUAUAUCUUGCAAAAUCUGCUAUCUUCCAAUGAACAUUCAAAAGUAGGUGAUCAUCAUGACAUUAUUCAGGUUAGUUCCAACUACAACACGAGAGAUGGAGAAACUAAAUGCAAAGUACAGCAUAAAAAUUAUGUGGAUACUACAAAUAAAAUGAGCAUGUCCUCUAGUGCAGAAUUCUCAUUGAUUGAAGAACCAAAUCGGAAGGUUCGCAGGCAAGCCGUGCUCGAUGAGGAGAACAAGUUCAGAGAAAAAAAACACAAAUUUAACAAGAACAACUAUUCUAAUGAGAGUAACAUAUACGAUGAAAAAAACAUUUCUAGUGUUCAGGAGGCUUCUUAUAUAGGAAGGACCCCUACGGAGGACAGCCAAUAUAAUGAAGGAACGAAAAAUUUGGACGAAGUUUACUACAUGUAUAGGAUGAUGAGUACCGAACAGAAGGAAUGCUUCUUUUACGAGAUAACAAAUUGCGAACAAGUGAUAAGUAAACUAAAUUUCAAAAUAGUUAAUGAAUGUAGAUUGUAUAUACUAAGUAGAAUUUCUGUAUUCAUUCAACUGUAUCAUGUGGAAGAAAAUCAAUGUGAAAUAAAAAAGGCCUUUUUAAAUUUUAUACACCAUGUUCUUAAGUUAUAUAAGAAAUGGGCUUUGUAUGACGGGGAAAAUUGCAAGCAUUUAUUGGAUGACUUAUUAAAAAAUACAUUUGUGCAUUUAUUGUUAGAUGUGGAAAAAAUGUCAAAUGAGGAAGAAAAUAAAGAAUGUAAUACACACGAUGAAGAUGUACAAGAGACGAAUAAACAAAGAGCACAAAAAACAAGUGGUCAAUCGGUUCACGAAUUGCUAAAACGUAGAAUUGAUAGUUCAAGCGAAAUAAAAGGAGUGAAUGUAAGAAAUUUCUUUUUAUUAAUUGAAAAGGAAUUUCUUGUUGAUAUAUUGAAAGAUAUGUCCAUUAACAACUGUUGUAUACAGUUAAAGAAUAGUAUAAUUCUGGAGGAGUCGGAUUGUGUUAGUGAGUAUGUACACAUUCUUACUAAGUUAGUGAAGAAAAUAUCCAAGAGGAUACUUCUGUUUCAUCAUGCAGAGGGAGGAACAAUUACAAAUGCAGAUUGUAACAACUAUAAUGAAAACAACAUUCAUCACCAGCGGGACACUUUUGUGCAAGAGUACAUUAACCAUGUAGUGAAGGAAUUACUGUUGAUUGCAAAAGACGAAUUUAGACAUCACUGGAAUAACAUAAACGAUCUAAUAGGAGAGUGUAGUACAGCAUGUCUUUUGUAUGUUUCUUUUUGUUCGAUAAAUAAAUUCCUUUCCAUUUUUCACUUCAAAAGAUAUUUGAAAGACACAAUUUCUAGCUUUAAACAAUUGGAAAAAAAAAUGAUGAAUAAUUUGUUAGAUGCAUUUUAUCACUUCAUAUCUAUAAGAAUAUAUAAUUUAUUUACAACAAAUAGUAUAUUUCAUGAACAUAUACUAAGUAAUUUAUUUAAAAUGAAAAAAUGUUUACCUGACUAUCUGUUUCAAAAUUUGUGUAAUAAAAUUUUACAAAAACUCGAUUCCAAAAUUCUAAAUUUCAUAGUAAAUCAGAGUACAACUUAUUUACAUAAUGAAUGCAUAUUCAACACGUUCAUCAACAAUUCUUUCAUGAUUUUACAAGAAUUAGAAGAUUUGCAUAUCAAAAGGGAUGGAAUUGUCGUAUAUUCAAUGCCAAUAUUACAAGAAAUUAUUAAACUCAUGACAGACGACAUGGAUAAUUUGAAAAAAAGAAUUCAUGAAAUUAAAAGUAACUAUGCUUUAUUAUUAAAUGACAAUAAUAACAAUUGGUUACUUCAGGUUACCAAAAUAGCUAAUGCUCUAUUGAGGGAAGAUGACGACGAUGAUGAUUCCAGUAAUGACUUUACACCACAUCAUCCAUAUGAACCAAGGUCUUAUGGAAGUAAAGCAUGUCAAUUUUCGUUAAAAAAAAUUAAAUUCCUCCUUUUAAGAAGACCAGAUAUUAAACUCAUUGCAGAAAAGUCUAUCAUUAUUCGGGAAUUUAUAGAGGAAUGA